AUGUUCAGUUCAAAACAUAUACCAAUAAUACAAAUAAAAAGAUUAGAAGAUGUUAAAAGAAUGAUUGAUUAUAUUGAAAAUAUAUAUUCAGGAAAUAAAGAAAAAAAAGACAGUCCUAAAAAAAUUUUUGUUAGUAAUCAGAUUGGUAAUUUGUAUAUGACGAAUGAUUAUGAAAACAUUUAUAAUUAUUGGAAUUUUUUUCAUUUUAAAAAUAAAUCAGAAUUAAAAGAAAACAUUAUAAAUAAAAAAAAAAUUGAAAAUUUAGAUAGUAUUAAUUGUAAUUAUACCGAUAUAUUUAAGUUUUGUUAUAAUGAAAAUGAAGAGAUUAAUAUUAUGAAAAAAAAUAUAAUAGGUAUAUAUAUUCCUUUGAAUAAAAACAUUUAUUCUUUAAAAUUAAAUUAUUUUUAUUUUUUUAAAAAUCUGAAAGAAUUAAUGAAUGGUAAAAUGUUUUAUGAAAUAUAUUUUAUUUUGCCUAACUGUAUUUUCCUUUUUACAUUUGUUGAAUUUUUUAAGAAAUUAUUAUAUUAUGAAAAAAUUCUUGAAUAUAUUAAAAAAAAAAAUAAAAUAGAAAGACUUAAAAUAAGAAAUAAAAACAUUUUACUUAAAAAAGUAUAUGAACAAAAAGUAAUAACCCUAAAAGAAGAGAUAAAGGGAGAAUUUGAAAGAUUAUUUUUUAAUAAAAAAUACACUAAGGUUAUUUAUGAAGAUUCAAUAGAGUUAUGUUCUUUUUUAUAUUAUUUUUUAAAAAUAAAUGCAAUUAAUUUUAUAGAUUUGCAUCAUUUAUAUCAAUAUAUUAUAUCUUUGUAUGGAUUAAAAAUAUUAAAUCAGAAUAUAUAUUCUGUUAUUUUUAUUUUAUUUCCAAAUAUUUAUAAUAACACAUUAACAUACGAAUAUAAAAUAGAAGAAAAUGAAAAAAGAGAAAUAAAUAAUUAUAAAGAAAAUAAAUUAAAUUCAGAAGAAAAUAAUAUUAGUUAUAUUAAAAAUAAUAAUUUUAACAUUUUAAAUGAUAGCUUUUGUAAAAAUGAUCAUAAUAGUAAAAUUGAAAGGUUUCAUGUACAUAAUAAUAAUAAUUUUAAUGAUUUUGAUAAGUUAAGUUAUAAGGUUGUAAAUAAAAAUAUGAUUAAUGAAUUAGAAGCAAAUGGUUUAAAUAAUAAUAAUAAUAAUAUAAGAAAAAAGAAAAAGAAAUAUUUUCAAUUUAAAAGGAAAAUUUUACAUAUAUAUAACUCUAAUGAUAAUAAUGAAACAUUAAUUUUUGAAAAACAAUUGAUAGAAAUUUUAUAUUUAUUACCAUGCACACACAAGUUAUUAAUUAAAUAUAAAGAUUUAGAAGGAUAUAAUAUAUGUUAUAAAAUGAAUGAACUAAUUAAAAAUUACAACUUAUUAAAUAGUUUUUCGAAUAAAUAUAUUGAUAUGAAAGAUAGAUUAUCUUCUUGUAAUGCUAAGAUAAAAAGAAAAAAAAAAGAUGAAGAAUUUAAUGAAAAUAAUGUUUGUAGUAACAAACUUAUUAAUUCUUUUUGUAACACAUUAAAUAUAAAUGAAGAAAUAACAUAUGAUCAUAAAUUAAUUAUAGGAAAAAAUAUAUAUGCGUAUAUAUAUGAAAUAAAUAAAACUACUAAAAAUAUUAUUUUCCGUUUUAAUUUAAAUUCAAAAAAUAUUAUUUUUCGAAAUAUUGCAUCUUUCAAAGAUUCUUCUAUUUAUGAGAAUAAUAAAAAAGUAACUAAACAUAAAUACUUAAUAAAGAAUAUAAAUAAUAAUCUUUAUUUAGAUAACCCAUGUAUAUUAAGUAGAAAUGAUAAAUUAUUUAAUUAUAAAAAUAACAUAUUGGUUGGAUUAUUAUAUAAUAAAGAAAAUAAUUUUGAUUACUUUUAUGAUAAAAAUGUAGGAGAUACAAUUUUGUGUACAAUUUGUGAUAUUUCUUCGUGUGGAAAAUAUUUAUAUUUACAAAGGUAUGAUUCAAAAAAUCUUAUUUUUCAUUUUCGAAAAAAAAAAUAUAUUAAUUUAGAAAAAAGUUAUGAUUAUGAUGACAUUACAAAAUUGAAUGAAGAAAUAUUGAAGGAAGUAAUAUGA